GUGAUCGUCAUGUCUGUGAACGGCCCGCAGGGAACGUAUGUCAACCCUUCCGGUUGUGUUCACGAAUUGAUGACAGUCUCAAAGACUAUGAAUAUUGUGCUCAUUGGUCGGUCAUCAGCCGAAUUCUCGUGGUUUCCCGGGUACGCGUGGACUAUAUGCCGGUGCGCGCGAUGUAAUGGCCACAUGGGCUGGAAGUUCAGUUGUGUGGACAAGAAGCUGAGGCCCGAAUGGUUUUGGGGUCUUUGCCGGUCGUCGUUAGAGCCCGGACUCAAAAUAGACGACGAAAUCUCGUGGAAACCCGUUCUUUAAGAGAGUCACACG